GUGCACGAGGGUGGAGGGAGAUGGGUUGGUAGCAAUAAAGUGGUAGAACUAAAAAAAAAUAAAAUAAAAAGCAGGUACCCUACAACCUCAGAGCUUAGAAAAGGAUGGAUCCAUAAGAGACCUUAAGGAAUGUUUGUCCCAUAAAUCAGUAGUUAGAUUUACUCCUUGGUGGUGAUGAAGGAUGGCUUUUCUCUUUUGUUUGUCUUUGGAGAAUUUCUCUGGUUUGGGCCAAAGACACAUACCCAGAUCCAGUGGAAGUGACUGUGAACCAGGCUAUUCCAUAGUUGAAGCAAGCUGCUUAUAGAGAGAAAAGAGGAGCUUCAUCCCUCCCGGUCCCUGGGAUCUGUGGCUUUAGAUCACCAACUGGUUGAGCUCAGCUAUACUUAGGAACUCACUUUGUUGGGGAGAAGAAAGGUCACUUUGGAGCUCAAAGCAGCCAGAGAACACCAGGCCCUGGUUGGAACUGUUGGAACUACAGACCAAUUCCUCUACCCUGGUCUUUGGACCUUACAAAGCAGGAAAUUUGCUCAGGAGGCAGGCCCUGCCAUUAAAGCAUCCAUGGAUGUGCUGUUAGCAGUGGUAGGCCUGGUGUGGAAACAGAGUCCCAAGGCCCAGAUGACUAUAAAUCUAUUUCUCCAUGGACUUUAUGUCUGCAAAUCUAGCAAGAAGGAAGUCUCAAGAACUACUUACAGCAAAUCCUCUCUGCUUCUAGUCCUGAUGACACCUAGCCAUACCCAUCUUUUGCUGGAACUGCAAAAGCAAUCUAAGGGCCCAUACAACCUAGUUUAGAGGCUCUUUCUAUUUCCAGAGAAUUGCUGAGGGUAUGCUUAAAAAAAUGUUGAUUUGGGGGGGGGGGCAUUUUUUUUGACUGCGCUGAUAUUUAGUUGCAGCAUGUGAACUCUUAGUUGCAGUAAGUGGAAUCUAGUUCCCUGACCAGGGAUGGAACCUGGACCCCCUGCCUUGGGAGCACUGAGCCACUGGACCACCAGGGAAGUUCCCUAGGCUACACUUUCUUUAUCUGUAACAGGACCCUCUUCUCUAUGACAGGGAGGAACAAAGUGCUAUGCUGGAUGAACACCCACUAGGUGUUCACCCCCUCGGCCUAAAAUUCCCCUUUCCCCAGAACUGAGGAGAGAUCUCCAGGGAGAUUAUGUUAGUUGACACAAGUUUUCAAGAAGCAGUUUGGUAAUAUGUAGCAAGAGCCAUAAAAAUGUUCAUACUUUUUGACCCAACACACUUCUGGGAAUCUGUCCUAAGGACAUUCUCCAGAUGAUUGAUACAGAGACUAUGCAGUAAUAUGAAAUGUUUAUGAUGUAAUCAUAAACAAAUCUGGAAGAAUUGACCAAGAUAUCGGCCAGAGAUAAUAGUAGUUGUGUUACAGUAAUGUGUUUAUUGGAGAUUCUUUCUUAUCUUUCUCAAACUUUACAUGCUGGUAUAUUGAUUUUACCCUCCUGUGCCAUUCAGGGUUAAUCAGUCAGGAACCUGCAGAAACAGCAUGCUCAGAGGCCAGAUAGUUGAUGAAAGUUUAAUAAAGGGACUAUUUUCUGUUUCCAAGUCAUUUCCAAGACUAGUUUCUGCAACUCUCAAAUGAUUCAUUCAACAAUUAUUGAACACCUACUUAUUAUCUAGUGAGGCAGGCAGACUUUCAAGUACAUAAAUUGUAUCAAAUGCAAUAAUAUAUAAAUUAAGUGUUAUAAGGAGCACAAAGAAAGAUGCAACUAUCCGUUAGGAGGGUGGUGUGAAUCAAGAAAGGCUGCAAAGGGACAUGGUUAACUCAUCUCAGUUUCAGGGGGUUUUGUUUUGGUUUGGGGAGGUUGGCCACACCACUCGGGCCUGUUCCCCGACUAGGGACUGAACCCCCUUACUUUGGCAGUGAAAGCGCAAAGGCCUAAUCACCUGACUGCCACAGAGUUCCCUCAAGUUCAGUUUUGAAGAUGGUCUGCCAAAACAAAAGGGCCCCAACAUGUACAAAGGCAGAAAUACAUGGCUUAACAUGGUGGGUGUAGGAAUUUCCGUGUAACUCUGCAGGGCUGGAAGGAACAUGGGGUAUGAAGGAACUAUGGGAGAGAAGAUUUUAGAUUCUGCAGAGCGCUGUACUCCACGUGGGCUUUGUGUUUUGGAGCUAUAAUCAGAUUUGCAUUUUAGAGAGAUGACUAUGGCCUCAGUGGAGAGAAGGAACUGAAUGGGGAGAGAAUGCACGCAGAGAACUGUAGAAAGAAGUCUUUGGGUCUUGGUUGGGUCGACACCUCUUAGCACUGAACUCUCCUGACUUACAUUUGGCCAACACCUCGCCUCUCCAGGAUCUCCCUCCCUCCCUCCCUCCUCCUCCCCGAGGGCCCGGCGGACGCCCGGGCGGGGAAGCGAGGCGGAGGGUGGCCCUGCCUGGGUGGUCUCCCGCCCCGCCCCCCCCGCGGCGCUGUUGCCUAGCAGCAGAUCCGGCCGCUAGGCUCCGGGUAAUUUGCGGGAGACUCAGCCAAUGGGAGGGCGUAGCCCCAGCCCGCUCCCUUUUUCUGGGACUGCAGACGCCUCCUCGGCACUGCGGUCGCCAAAUCCAACCGCGCCGGUCCAGUUCCUGCACGCGGGACCCACUCCGGCUCCGGCUCUGCUCCCCGAGCCUCACUGCCCGACUCCUCACGCUCGCGGACAUCACUGCACACCCUUAUCCGCGUCUUAGCGGCCCCGCUGAAUUCCGACGCGUAACUCAGCGGUACACCGGGCCAGGCCAGUCUAUGAGGGCUCCCAGAUAACGCAGGUUGGGGGCGCCCAUGCCCCCCCAUACCCGCCAGCAUGGCUCGGCCGCCACCUCUCGGGGAGCUGCCCCCGGGCUACACACCCCCAGCUCGACCUGCAACACCCCAGAUCCUAGCUGGGAGCCUGAAGGCUCCGCUCUGGCUCCGUGCUUACUUCCAGGGCCUGCUCUUCUCUUUGGGCUGCGGGAUCCAGAGACACUGUGGCAAAGUGCUCUUCCUGGGACUGUUGGCCUUUGGGGCCCUAGCACUGGGUCUCCGUGUGGCCAUCAUUGAGACAGACCUAGAACAGCUCUGGGUGGAAGCGGGCAGCCGGGUGAGCCAGGAACUGGAAUACACCAAGGAGAAGCUGGGGGAGGAGGCUGCGUAUACCUCCCAGAUGUUGAUACAGACCCCGCGCCAGGAGGGAGAGAACAUCCUCACGCCCGAGGCACUCGACCUCCACCUCCAGGCAGCCCUCACCGCCAGUAAAGUGUCCUGGGAUCUGAACAAAAUCUGCUACAAGUCAGGAGUUCCCCUAAUUGAAAAUGGAAUGAUUGAGCGGAUGAUUGAGAAGCUGUUUCCAUGUGUGAUCCUCACCCCCCUCGACUGCUUCUGGGAGGGAGCCAAACUCCAAGGGGGCUCUGCCUACUUGCCGGGCCGCCCUGACAUCCAGUGGACCAACCUGGACCCAGAGCAGCUGCUGGAGGAGCUGGGCCCCUUUGCCUCCCUUGAGGGCUUCCGGGAGCUGCUAGACAAGGCACAGGUGGGCCAGGCCUACGUGGGGCGGCCCUGUCUGCACCCUGACGACCUCCACUGCCCAUCGAGUGCCCCUAACCAUCACAGCAGGCAGGCUCCCGACGUGGCUCAGGAGUUGAGUGGGGGCUGCCACGGCUUCUCCCACAAGUUCAUGCACUGGCAGGAGGAGCUGCUGUUGGGAGGCAUGGCCAGAGACCCCCAAGGACAGCUGCUGAGGGCAGAGGCCCUGCAGAGCACCUUCCUGCUGAUGAGCCCCCGCCAGCUCUACGAACACUUCCGGGGUGACUACCAGACCCACGACAUUGGCUGGAGCGAGGAGCAGGCAGGCACGGUCCUGCAGGCCUGGCAGCGGCGGUUUGUGCAGCUGGCCCAGGAGUCCCUGCCUGAGAACGCAUCCCAGCAGAUCCACGCCUUCUCCUCCACCACCCUGGAUGACAUCCUGCACGCCUUCUCUGAAGUCAGCGCCGCCCGCGUGGUGGGGGGCUAUCUGCUCAUGCUAGCCUAUGCCUGCGUGACAAUGCUGCGGUGGGACUGUGCCCAGUCCCAGGGUGCAGUGGGCCUCGCUGGGGUGCUGCUGGUGGCCCUGGCGGUGGCCUCGGGCCUGGGGCUGUGUGCCCUCUUGGGCAUCGCCUUCAACGCUGCCACCACCCAGGUGCUGCCUUUCUUGGCGCUGGGCAUCGGCGUGGACGACAUAUUCCUGCUGGCACACGCCUUCACAGAGGCUCCAUCUGGCACCCCUCUCCAGGAGCGCACAGGGGAGUGUCUGCAGCGCACGGGCACCAGCGUCACACUCACGUCCAUCAACAACAUGGUUGCCUUCUUCAUGGCCGCCCUGGUUCCCAUCCCUGCACUGCGGGCCUUCUCCUUGCAGGCAGCCAUAGUGGUGGGCUGCAACUUCGCAGCCGUGAUGCUUGUCUUCCCCGCGGUCCUCAGCCUGGACCUGCACCGGCGCCACUGCCAGCGCCUGGAUGUGCUCUGCUGCUUCUCUAGCCCCUGCUCUGCUCGGGUGAUUCAGAUUCUGCCCCAGGAGCUGGGGAACGGGACGGUACCAGUGGGCAUUGCCCACCUGACUGCCACGGUUCAAGCCUUUGCCCACUGUGAAGCCAGCAGCCAACAUGUGGUCACCAUCUUGCCUCCCCAAGCCCACCUGGUGCCACCACCUUCUGACGCUUUGGGCUCUGAGCUCUUCAGCCCAGGAGGGUCCACACGGGACCUUCUAGGACAGGAGGAGGGGACAGGGCAGAAGGCAGCCUGCAAGUCCCUGCCCUGUGCCCGCUGGAAUCUUGCCCAUUUUGCCCGCUCUCAGUUUGCACCCUUGUUGCUCCAGUCCCACACCAAGGCUGUAGUACUGGUACUUUUUGGGGCUCUCCUGGGCCUGAGCCUCUAUGGAGCGACCUUGGUGCAGGACGGUCUGGCCCUGACUGAUGUGGUGCCACGUGGCACCAAGGAGCAUGCCUUCCUGAGCGCCCAGCUCAGGUACUUCUCUCUGUACGAGGUGGCUCUGGUGACACAGGGUGGCUUUGACUACGCCCACUCCCAACGCGCCCUCUUUGAUCUGCACCAGCGCUUCAGUUCCCUCAAGGCCGUGCUGCCCCCACCGGCCACCCAGGCACCCCGCACCUGGCUCCACUACUAUCGCAACUGGCUACAGGGAAUCCAGGCUGCGUUUGACCAGGACUGGGCUUCUGGGCGCAUCACCCGCCACUCAUACCGCAAUGGCUCUGAGGAUGGGGCUCUGGCAUACAAGCUGCUCGUCCAGACCGGGGAUGCCCAGGAGCCUCUGGAUUUCAGCCAGCUGACCACCAGGAAGCUGGUGGACAAGGAAGGGCUGAUCCCACCCGAGCUCUUCUACAUGGGGCUGACCGUGUGGGUGAGCAGUGACCCCCUGGGUCUGGCAGCCUCGCAGGCCAACUUCUAUCCCCCACCCCCUGAGUGGCUGCAUGACAAGUACGACACCACGGGGGAGAACCUUCGCAUCCCGGCGGCCCAGCCCUUGGAGUUUGCCCAGUUCCCCUUCCUCUUGCACGGCCUCCAGAAGACUGCAGAUUUCGUGGAGGCCAUCGAGGGGGCCCGGGCAGCGUGUGCCGAGGCCGGCCGGGCCGGGGUGCGUGCCUACCCCAGCGGCUCCCCCUUCCUCUUCUGGGAGCAGUACCUGGGCCUGCGGCGCUGCUUCCUGCUGGCAGUCUGCAUCCUGCUGCUGUGUACUUUCCUCGUCUGUGCGCUGCUGCUGCUCAACCCCUGGACGGCUGCGCUCAUAGUACUGGUCCUGGCGAUGAUGACUGUGGAGCUCUUUGGCAUCAUGGGUUUCCUGGGCAUCAAGCUGAGUGCCAUCCCGGUGGUGAUUCUUGUGGCCUCCGUAGGCAUUGGUGUCGAGUUCACCGUCCACGUGGCUCUGGGCUUCCUGACCGCUCAGGGUAGCCGGAACCUGCGUGCUGCCCGGGCCCUGGAGCGCACAUUUGCCCCAGUGACUGAUGGGGCCAUCUCCACGUUGCUAGGACUGCUCAUGCUUGCUGGCUCCAACUUUGACUUCAUUGUAAGGUACUUUUUCGUGGUGCUGACAAUACUUACACUCCUGGGCCUCCUCCACGGGCUCGUGCUGCUGCCGGUACUGCUGUCCAUCCUGGGCCCCCCACCAGAGGUGGUACAGAUGUACAAGGAGAGCACAGAGGUCCUGAGCCCCCCAGCUCCACAGGGAGGAGGGCUCAGGUGGGGGAUAUCCUCCACCCUGCCCCAGAGCUUUGCCAGAGUGACUACCUCCAUGACUGUGGCCCUCCACCCGCCCCCACUGCCUGGUGCCUACAUCCACCCAGCCUCUGAGGAGCCUGCUUGGUCGCCUGCUGCCACACCAGCUGCCAAUGGCCCCAGCAACCUCGGCUCUAGGGGACUGUGUCCAGCCACCGGGUGAAGAGCAGCCGAAGCAUGGAGACCCCAUUCAGGCCACACGAAGUCACUGGGAAGCAGUGGGGGCAUUGCUGAAGACAGGGCGCACUCCUGGGGAGCCCUGCUGCUGCCACCUCAUCCCCUCCCCUGACUGGGCCAUCGGAGACCUCCCCGAAAUCCACACAAAGCCACCGCUGUCUAGGCUGUGAGCAGCCUUGCAUGCCCGGCUUCUCUGGGCCUGGGCCUGUGUCUGGGUGGGGUAAAAGCCAGCACUUCAGGCUGCAGUGCAGCCCAGACCCCCCUCCCACCCCACACUGCUGUCCCCAGCAGACCAAGCCUGAGGGAUCCUGUUAGCACCCUUUGCUGGGCCUGGUCCCCACUGCUUGGUGACUCCUGAGGAGGCACUCUGUAUCCCUGCCCAUCUCUCACCACAUAAAUUAUUUAUAUGGAGAUGUUUAUUUUUGUAGUUUGGAUGUUAGCUAUGCUGAAAGUUUUAUUUUUAAAAGAGUGAAAUAUAUUCUAUGUGAACUCAUCUCA